AUGCAGUGCCAUGCGACCCCCCCCCCCUCUGAAGGAGAAGUCGCCGAUGCCAUACGAAAGUUGCGCAACAAUAAGGCACCCGGAGAGGACGGUUUACCCGCUGAAAUCUUCAAGUCUUGUGUCGACACUCUGGCGCCUUGGCUCCAUAAGGUGAUUGAACGAGCCUGGAGAGACGAGGUUGUUCCUGAUGACUGGGGCCUAGGCAUCCUUGCACCUAUCCUCAAGAAGGGAGAUAAGACGAGAUGCGAGAACUACCGCGGCAUAAGUCUCAUCGACGUUGCUGCGAAGAUGUUCGCUGUUGUCCUACUCAGGCGAUUCCAGGUUGUGCGUGACUCAAAGACGAGGCCCAACCAAGCCGGAUUUCGUGCUGGACGUGGAUGCGCAGAUCAGAUAUUCACACUGAGGCGCAUUCUCGAAUUUCGUCAUAGCUACCAACAACCGACGGCCGUCUGCUUCGUUGUCUUUGCCGCCGCGUUCGAUUCCGUUCACCGUGAGUCCCUGUGGCGGAUAAUGGCGCUAGAUGGUGUACCGGCAAAAAUCAUCGCCAUGAUCAAGGCCUACUAUCGUUCCAUUACUGCGAGAGUCCUGGUCCGUAACAAUCUUUCCCAACCGUUCGGUAUUCGGUCUGGCGUCCGCCAGGGUUGUAUCCUGUCACCCAUACUGUUCAACUACGCUAUUGACUGGAUCCUCGGUAACGCCCUACGCGACAGUGACGGCGUUGAAUUUGCACCCGGACAUCGACUGACUGAUCUCGACUAUGCCGAUGAUAUCGCCUUACUUGCUUCAAGUUUUGGUGAUCUGCAGUCUACGGUGUCACGGAUGAACGAGGUCACUAAAUCAGUCGGUUUGUCCAUAAACGCUGGGAAGACCAAAGUAUUCUCAAGCUGCAUUCCUGACCAGGAGAAGGCACCCCUGGGGAUUGAUGGCUGUCAGCUUGAUGAAGUAGACAAUUUUAAAUACUGA